AUGGCACAACCAGAACCUAAUAGAUACUUAGUUGCAUACAACUCCAUCUCAGCAUCGUUAUGGUCUGUUGUAUUUUUCAACACCAUAUUUCUUUCCCUCACUUUGGGUCAACCAUUUGUAUUUGUCAAGACUAACCUCAUCACCACCGUCAUUCAAUCGUUGGCUGUUGUUGAAAUUGUCAAUGCUGCAAUUGGAUUGGUCAAGUCACCUUUGUUUACCACUGUCACGCAAGUGUUUUCUAGGUUAUUGAUCGUUUGGGGUAUUCACCAGUAUUUACCCGACUCACCAGCAAAUUUCCACUGGACUUACAUUACAUUGUGUUUGAGUUGGUCAAUUACUGAAAUUAUCAGGUACUCAUACUACGCCCAGCAUUUGAGAAAUGAUGUUCCUCAUUGGUUGACCUGGUUGCGUUACACCACUUUCUACGUCUUGUACCCAACAGGAGUGUUUAGUGAAGUGUAUCAGAUUAUUUUGUCACUUGGCGACGCCGGUUUUUACUACGGCUGGUUCUUGAAGGCUAUUUUGGUUACUUAUAUUCCCGGAUUCUACAUGCUCUACACUUAUAUGAUCAAGCAAAGGAAAAAAGUGCUUGGUCCAAAAAAGGUGAAAAGUAACUAG